AUGAGCUCCUCAAUCAUGAAAACCCUUCAGAUUCGUAAACCCGCUUCUCUCCCCGUGUCUUCCACCACCACCGCCGACGCUAACGAACCGGGUCUUCUCCGCCGUCGUCUCUCUUCCCUCUCCUUGAAUCUCUCUCGUAACCAGCCUUCCACUGAUGAUUUACACAGAUCCAAAUCUGUCUCUGCCAUGGGAGAGCAAAGAGGUAGUAGCUCUGUGAAAGAAUGGUGGGAAUGGAGUUGGUCAUUGAUUCUCCUGAAGAAACUACCAGUCUUCUUCACGGAUCUUGAGUUUAACGAGAACCAAACCAAGUCAUCGUUGGGGAAUCAACAGAGAGGCGGCUUUGCUCAAGUGUUCUUCAGGCUCCGAUCUGAGAUCCGCCGUCUCCUCCGUACUUCAUCCUCCGACUCUCUCCCUCUCUCCUGCAAUCGAUGAAGUGGCAAUCUUGGUUGUGUGGUCCAUCUACUCAUAUUCUUUAUCAGUCAUGCUCAUGGAAUGUUUACACUUUGGUGUGUGUUAGCCCAUUUACUCAUAUAUUCUUUAUAAAGCAAAGAUGUCCUUCAUAUGUUCUUACUUCCAAUGUGAUUGAUGAAGUUAUUUGCUGUAAUUCCUAGAUUUCAUUAUUUUUUAUAACAUUUUUUUUUGUUGUGAAGUUUAUUAUUUCAUUUGUUUUGUACUAAAAGCUAUGCAAUUAAACGUUAACCGUUGUUUAUUAA